AAUUGAAUCUCCCCCAACCCCCCAAUCAUCUCAACCCGUUUCCCUAGCCUUCUCUUUCCUUUCAAAAAAUAUCUUCCGUGAAAGAACAAAAUCGCAAUUUUCUCCAUCUUUCUUCUUUUGAAUUUCUUUGUGCAAAAUAAUAUAUAACAUUAAAAAGAUUUGUAUCCUAAAAACUAAACUAACUUCAGUUCGCUCUUCCUUUUCUUUAUUGUCCAUGCUUCUUUCCUCCACAUGAUUGCCGCCAUAUCUCCACCACCUCCAACCGCCACGCUAGGCCCUGGAAGGAUCCGAAUCCCCAACUCGAACCGCCACUCCAUUCGCUUCAGUAACUUAGGGUUCCUGCUGUGGAAGCCGAAACUGAACUGGCUAUCGUAUGAGCGGGUUCAGCAGAUGCAGAUGGCGUGGGUCCGGAGUAUGGCCGGUGGUUGCUUCAAGAGUAAGGAGCCGCUGCCUGAACACCGGAUCAAGGUCGAAGAAGACAGUGGCGGCCAAGACUUUUUCGAUCCCGAUGCCAUGGCCUCCAAGGUUUCGCCUGAGCAUCUUGUCAUCAUGGUCAAUGGCCUGAUUGGAAGUGCUGCUGAUUGGAGAUUUGCUGCAGAAAAGUUUGUGGCGAAACUACCUGACAAAGUAAUAGAGCACCGCAGUGAAUGCAACUACUCAAAAUUGACAUUUGAUGGUGUUGAUAUGAUGGGUGAGAGGCUAGCUCAAGAGGUAUUGGAUGUUGUCAAACGUAGGCCUGAGGUACGGAAGAUUUCUUUUGUGGCUCACUCUUUAGGUGGUCUUGUUGCAAGAUAUGCGAUAGGGAGGCUCUAUGAGAAUUCUACAAAGUUAGGUCAAUCAGGUCCUUUUGUGAGCACUUUAACUGGAGAGCACACAAAUUCUUCAAUGCAAGAUCUUGAGCAGCAUUCUGAAGAUAGAAUUGCUGGAUUGGAACCAAUGAAUUUUAUAACAUUUGCAACACCGCAUCUUGGUUCAAGGGGACAUAAACAGCUCUCACUUCUUUGUGGUCUUCCUUUUCUUGAGAAAAGAGCAUCUGAGACUGCACACUUUGUUGUUGGAAGAUCAGGAAAGCAUCUGUUUCUCACUGACAAUGAUGAGGGAAAACCCCCACUUCUCCUUAGAAUGGUUGAUGAUGGUGAUGACUUGAAAUUCAUAUCUGCUCUACAUGCAUUCAAGCGACGUGUGGCAUAUGCAAAUGCAAAUUAUGAUCAUAUGGUUGGCUGGAGAACAUCAUCAAUCCGGCGUCAAAAUGAACUUCCAAAGUCAAAUCUUCUUGUUUUAGAUGAGAAAUAUCCACAUGUUGUAUACAUUGAGAGGGAAACUACAAGCAAGAUCCAAAAUAAAGCUUCCUCUAUUGCUGGGUCCCAAACAAGUACAAGUGAUGUUGAAGAGGUGAUGAUUCAAGGUCUCAAUCAAGUAUCUUGGGAACGCGUUGAUGUAAGCUUUCAAAAGAGUAAACAGAGAUAUGUUGCUCAUAAUACAAUUCAGGUAAAGAGCUACUGGUUGAACUCCGAUGGAACAGAUGUAGUUUACCACAUGAUCGACAAUUUCCUUCUCUAGUCCUGGAAAAGUUUGGUGUCCGUCUAUUGGUGAUUCAGCAAUUGGUUAGGUCACUUAUUUUUUGAUGUGAUAUGCACAUUGUCCAAAAUGAGAAUAUUCGGUGUAUUUUUUAUGCUAAUAUGGAAAUGUUAAGGAUAUUGCAAAAUUGUUAUGACCUAGUCAAAAGAGGUUUACUUAUUCAUAUAUCUCAUAUAUAUACAGAUAUAUAAACUAUCUUACUUUUGUUA